CCUAUACACAUAUGUUUCUUCUGCUUAUCUGACUGUAUACUGUAGCCUAUCAGAUCUUAGGUUUCUUCUAGCACUACAUCAGCGUAUUGUUCCCGCUUACAUCUCGCACAACAACUCAAGGCAGGUCAGGUGGUGAGUUGUCAAAGUUAAAACGGACGGAUAAAAGGAUAGCCUAAGCAUCGUUUGAGCAUCCAAAGAGAAUCCUUCACCAAAGCAUCACUUUAAAGAAAUGGAAUCUCGAAAAAAUCAGCCUUCACUUCGUUUUAUUUCCUGGAAUACUAUGGGAAUCAAGAGCACAAAGGAUAAAAUCCCCAAGCUCCCACUUGUGCUGGAUGAGCUCGAAACACAAAAGGCUGAUGUAGCCUUUCUACAAGAGACACACCUUGGGCCACAGGAUUACGAAAAAAUAAAAGAAAAAUUAAAAGGAUGGAGGAUCUACUACACUGUAUACAGCCAUCGCAGCAAGGGAGUUGCUAUAUUGGUAAACAAGAAAACAUCAUUUCACUACAUUUGCCAUGAUGAGGACUAUAGUGGAGGCUAUAUUGUCCUAUUUUGUCGUAUAAGUGGUCAAUUAUAUACUCUUGUUAAUUUAUACAAUCAUAAAGCAGACAAAGAUAUGUUGCACAGGUUAAAAGAUUACUUGACAGCUAUUACAACUAAAGGUGUGCUUUUGGUCGGUGGAGACUUCAACACAGUUUUGGACCCAAACUUUGACAGGAAGACUUUAUCAGAUCAAACAUACCAAUCCUCAUUGAGAUGCAUUUUAGAGGAAUUUACAAGUUCCCUGAACCUCAUAGAUAUAUUUGCACAUAUCCAUGCAACAGAUGAAGGUUUUACACGAUCUCAGAACGAGAGUCACUCAAGGUUGGAUAUGUUCUUUAUGCCAACAAACAGAGCAAAAGAUGUAAUAUACUGUGAAAAUGUCAAAGCAAAACCGAGAUUGUCUAAAACUAUGACAAAGCAAAACUCUGAUCAUGAUCCUUUAAUUUUAGAAAUCAAACGUACAUUGUCACCUGACAAUGAAAUUCCUGAAGUUUCCUCAUUUUUAAGCCAUUUUGAAUACAAUGGAAUCCCUGAAGAAAUAAGAGAAGGAAAAAUAAAUGGUGCAGAAAUACUGAGAAGCAUCAGAUCUUUGCCCGAUUCAAAACAGCAACUGCCUGACAGGCUAAGUGUUCAAGCCUAUAAAACCAAUGAUCUUCCAAUGACAGAAAUUCUAAAAAUAAGCUAUAAUAUAAUGUUAAACACGAAAUAUGUACCUGAACCUUUUUCAUUGUGUGAUGCCUCAAGCGAUGAGCCUUUUUUCAAUGUUGACUAUAUGAUAUUCACUCAAAUUUUAGCGAAACGUCUUAAGGUGUUUCUAACAUCAUCUUUCAGAUCAAAAAAAAAGGUACCACAUGCUUAUCGAAAUUAUGUGACUCUUUCAAAGGACCAGCAAAAAAUCAAAAUGUCUUUCCUGAAAAAAAGUCUCUCUUCUCUUAAAAAUAUUCAACCCUCACCACCAAAAGAUUUCACCAUACUGAAAUAUCUCCUCCCUAAAGCCAGCAGUUUACAGAAAACUGACUACAGAAUAUUACGGCAAGGCUGCCCACUCACCAGGCCCAUUCUUACACUGGCAUUGAAACAACUGGAAAAUGAGAUAAUAAAUGCUGGCACACGCAACACUAGUGUCAGCCCCUUCAGACAGUGUCUAGUGAUUUUUUCAAAUAUUAAUAAUGAUUCAACAAUUUCAAUGUUGGUUGAAAAGUUCAAGAAACAUUCUGGGAUUAAAAUACACUCCAAAUGGAUGAAAAUACGUCCCCCUUAUCAAAGAUUGCAGCUACACCCUCGUUGACCCAGUAAGCAAACAAAACUAAGUGAGAUCAACGCUUUCGUAAGCCUGUGUUCAUAGAUGAAAGGUUUUUGAAUGGUAUAACUUUUAGACAUCUACAGUUUACUGUACACGGUCAAAUGUUUUCUUAUGUGAUUUCAUUUUAAUUAUGUCAUUGCUUUUAUUUUGUUUCAAGAUGCACAACAUGUUUUUAUAAGCCAGGUUUACGAAAACUAUCAAAAGUAACCGGCCUAAUCCUGUCUUUAUCAAACACCCGUUUGGGAAACUGCCCCUUACGGCUGGUAUACAAGACUUUUAAAAUCUGAACAGACUUUUUUGUAAACUAGACAUCACACACUUGCAGACUUUAAAAAACGGUUUAAGAUUGAAACACACUAACUGAUCAAAUCUACAGACAAGUCCUGACUGAAAAUCUGGGCAAAAUCUGAGCAAAAUUCCUGUAGUGUAUUGUAGCCUUUCAGUGUUUAGAACGGUUCAUUUACUAUUUGGCUUUGUACAUGGUCUAAUGGAACCAGGAGUCAUAUACAAUGUAGGAAAUAAUUGAGAAAAAAUGUUUAGAUUUUUUUGACAAUGCACACGAAACUCGCCGAACCUCAUACUUAUCAACAUGGUGUGUCAAACAAAUAUUCCAUAUUCCUAUAAACACCAUGCACUUUGCUGUGUUUUACCUUUCUGUGUUUUUAUUGUUUUCUCCUGUGAAGCUUCUUUGGAACAAUGCACAUUGUGAAAAGUGAUAUAUAAAUAAAUUUAAUUGAAUAUCCCUUAAUUGUUAGGGUGUGAAGGAC